CUUUCCGUUUGCCCAAUGCUGCACUGCUGCUCGCCACUGGAUAAGAAUCCACUUUGUUCACCUCAAAAAUACGGGAGCAGCUGAAUCAUCUCACAAACUCAGCUGUACCAAACCAGCUCUAAGUUUUAACCACUCUUCGACUCCAUAUAAGUACCUAACACUAUCUCAAAUUCAGGGCCCUCUGUUUCCUUUUCUUGUUAUCUUCAUCUUUCGUGGCCCAUUAAUUUGGCACCCAAAUUCUUGGCUGAAAGUUUCUAUCUUGGAUCAAAACCCUGGAUUUAAGGGGAUUUGUUUUCUUUCUUUCUUUCUUUUUUGAUGGGUGCUAAUUUAUCUUGCGCUACUUUGUGUGAUACAAAUGGAGAGGGUCCUUCGAAACCAAGGCUUGGUGACAUACCAGAGAGUUGCUUAGCAUUAGUUCUAAUGCACUUGGACCCACCUGAUAUCUGCAAAUUGGCUCGUCUGAAUCGGGCUUUUCGUGGUGCUUCUUCGGCUGAUUUUAUAUGGGAAUCAAAGUUGCCUUCAAAUUAUAAGUUUAUAUGUGAGAAAGUGUUAGAUGAGAAGACUGUAGCGGGUUUGGAAAAGAAAGAUGUUUAUGCCAUGAUGUGCAGGCCUAAUCCUUUUGAUGGUGGCACAAAGGAGGUAUGGCUGGAUAAGAACACUGGUGGGGCUUGCUUUUCAAUUUCUUCAAAGGGGUUGGCUAUUACUGGGAUUGAUGAUAGGAGAUACUGGAAUCACAUUUCUACUGAAGAAUCAAGAUUCCACACAGUUGCAUAUCUUCAACAGAUUUGGUGGUUUGAAAUAGAUGGAGAGUUCGAGUUUGAAUUUCCAAAAGGGAUUUAUAGCCUAUUCUUCAGACUCCAGCUUGGCAGGCCCUCAAAGAGAAUGGGUCGUAGAGUUUGUAACUCUGAGCACAUCCACGGCUGGGAUAUAAAACCUGUAAGAUUCCAGCUAACAACUUCUGAUGGUCAACGUGCAGCAUCCAAAUGCUAUUUGGACAACCCUGGGAAUUGGGUUUACUACCAUGUUGGGGAUUUUGUUGUUGAUCGUCCAAGCGAGUUAAUGAAGAUCAAUUUUUCAAUGACUCAGAUUGAUUGCACUCACACAAAAGGAGGUCUCUGUGCUGACGCCGCCUUUGUAUACCCCAGUAGCAUAGGCGGUGAGAUUUGUAAAAUGAACAAGCUUGCUGGUCAGCAUUGAAGAAGAAAAUUUAGGUUGGUUUGUUGGGAUUUGUAGAGUUUUCACCCAGGCAUUGUAUAUAUAUUUGAUCCUCGUAAUCUUGCAGGGCUUGAAUAGUCUUGUUUGUAGCAUUUGUACAUUAUGGUUCUGCUAGUUUCCUGUAUUGCGUGCCCAAUUCGUAAAUUUUCCUUGAACAAACAGAAUUGCCUCCGCAUGUUUUCUUUC